AUGGCCACCGAGACCGAGACGCUCUCGCUCCCGACGACUACAGCCCCGACCGAUGUCACGGCGGCUACCAUGGCCUGUCUGCACGUCUCACCUGCUCUGCACCAGAGCAGCCACGAACAAGCACAGCACACUACUACACACGACUCCCAUAAGCGCAGGCUUGACGAGGUCGACUCUGUUGACUGGGACACUAACAUCACCCCUGGUCUGCGAUUUCCUUCGGCCGCCUCGCCCAACAAGGCGCAGUGCACCGGCGUCGGCGGUCCAUCUUCACCACGCUCCCUCACCGCAUGCAUAGCCGACCAGCAGCACACAAAGGACGACACUGAUGCUGACGACAAUGCGUCAGAGGGCGGAUGCAGCGGCACCUCUGUCGAGGAAUCGUGCAAGCGGGCGCUGCAUCACUUUCCCAGUCCGUCCAUCACUUUCCCGAUGCCGACCCUCGAAUUCGACUUCCGCAUCGCCGUGGGACUGAAUCCGGAGCCGUCGCUGGUUGAGAACCGCGUCAAGAAGGAAAUUACUACAAUCUCCAGGGGGAGCUGGUCGGGUUCGUUCGGAAACGGUCGGGUAAUGGCCGGCGGAUAUGACUUGGGCCAAGCACGAGGCUUCCGACCCAUUCGCAUCGUCGAGGGCGCGUUUGUUCUGCAAACGACGGACGAGCCGCCUGCCAUCCUGGAAAUGCGCACCAGGGGCUCCCUUUCUGGUCCCUGCGACACGCUCGACGCGCUGUUGAGCCCUCGCCAGCCCAAGGACAUCGACGCGCGGCAGUAUGGAUUCCGCAUGUUUGCCACAGUCAAGACUCCGGACAAGCGCUACGCCGAGAUCGUCAACUGCGGCCUGUGGGUCGCCAGCGGAGUUUGGCACGGCGAGGAAUUAAUCAUUGACGCGUAUCGCGUGACCUGA